AGGACCGCGCUGCGCGGCACCGCAAGACAAUCAGAUCAGGACUGAUCCCUCGUGAUUGUCCUCAAUUGAAUUUUCAUCUUUCAUUGAAUUAUGAGAUUGCUUCACCCUCUGUCCGGAUUAAUGCCUGUGUAAUCGUAAUUUGUUUUUCCUUCCUUUCCUUUGUGUCCAAGUGUAAGCUUGUUCUGUGGUCAUGGGGUGUAUAAUGUCAUUUUUGCCUAGGCUGAUGAGGGGCUUCUCUGUUCUGUAAAGCGGAUACCAGGUGGAUCUAUGGUCUACAAAGACACGAGAUUCAGUGCACGGACAUCAGUGGAACUUUAAGAUCCGGGAGGAUGCAGGCUGCGUGUUGGCGCGCUGUCUUUCUCCUUGCGCCCGCGAUUUGCCUGGUGACAGGCGCCCAGGCUUCAGCCGCGGGGAAGUCGGACCUCCUCAAAUCCGGGAGUCCCAAGUCGACGCUGAAGCACAUAUGGGCGGAGAGCAGUAAAGACCUGUCAAUCAGCCGGCUGCUGUCCCAGGCGCUGCCCAGGAAGGAGAACGCCACGGCGCUGGACCUGCGGUACGACACCCCCGAGCCCUACUCCGAGCAGGACCUGUGGGACUGGCUGCGCAACUCCACCGAGCUGCAGGACUCCCGCCCCCGCGCCAAGCGCAGGCCCAUGGUCAAGACCGGCAAGUUCAAGAAGAUGUUCGGCUGGGGCGACUUCCACUCCAACAUCAAGACGGUCAAGCUCAAUCUGCUGAUCACAGGCAAGAUCGUGGACCACGGCAACGGCACCUUCAGCGUCUACUUCCGGCACAACUCCACCGGCCAGGGCAACGUCUCCGUCAGCCUGGUGCCGCCCACCAAGAUCGUGGAGUUCGACCUGGCCGCCCAGCAGUCGGUGGUGGACGCCAAGGACUCCAAGUCCUUCAACUGCCGCAUCGAGUACGAGAAGGUGGACAAGGCCAACAAGAACACGCUGUGCAACUUCGACCCGUCCAAGACCUGCUACCAGGAGCAGACACAGAGCCACGUCUCCUGGCUCUGCUCCAAGCCCUUCAAGGUCAUCUGCAUCUUCAUCUCCUUCUACAGCACGGACUACAAGCUGGUGCAGAAGGUCUGCCCGGACUACAACUACCAUAGUGACGCGCCCUACUUCCCCUCCGGCUGAUUUCCUGUAUCAGCAUGGACCAGAAUGCCUCUGAGAUGGGACCAGGGCCACCCUGAAAUAAUAUCAGCUAUCUGCACUGUCCCGAACAUUUCCACACCCGAAUGUUGAAUGCUGUCCAAAUAAGCCCUUCAUUGGAAAUCUGACCCCAACAGAAAAUAAACACGCAUAUAAUCAGAC